UUGGUAUAGUUUGAGGGAGGCUUCAUUUAGUGAUCAGCUAAGAGAGAAUUCACAGUGAUACGGGUUAGACUAUUUUUUUGCCAUGCUACAGUGAUCUGCGAAGGAAAUAAUAUUAUUUAUUUAAGCUUCAGGGUGUUACAGCGUUCUUGGUGGAGUGGUUGGCAGUUUCAAACAAGAUGAAGAAAGUACCAGUACCAGAGUUUCAAGAAGACUUCUACAUCCCCAUCCCUUUAGAUAUCAACAACAUCUCAGCUUACAGCCCUUUUUUGGUCCCCCAAGACCACCUGGGAAACCAAGGCGUAUUCAUAGCCAUGGCUCUCUUUAUGUUUUUUAUUUUCGUCGGAGGGACUUCGAUCAACAUCCUUACCAUUGUUUGCACAAUUCAAUUCAAGAAACUCAGAUCGCACCUUAACUAUAUUCUUGUGAACCUUGCCAUUGCCAACCUGUUUGUGGCCAUUUUUGCUUCCCCAUUGUCGUUCUACUCGUUCGUUAAUAGAUACUUCAUCUUCGGGGCGACAGCAUGUAAAAUUGAGGGCUUCCUUGCAACACUUGGAGGAAUGGUGAGUUUGUGGUCUCUUGCUGUAGUGGCAUUGGAAAGGUGGCUGGUCAUUUGCAAACCCCUUGGCAACUUUACCUUCAAAACCCCUCAUGCCAUAGCUGGUUGCAUACUUCCUUGGAUUAGUGCAUUGGCAGCUUCACUCCCUCCGCUGUUUGGCUGGAGCCGGUACAUACCUGAAGGUUUGCAGUGCUCCUGUGGACCCGACUGGUAUACCACUAACAACAAAUACAACAACGAAUCCUAUGUCAUGUUUCUGUUCGGCUUCUGCUUUGCAGUUCCUUUUAGCACCAUCGUGUUCUGUUAUGGUCAACUGCUCAUUACACUCAAAUUGGCAGCCAAAGCUCAAGCAGAUUCUGCUUCGACCCAGAAGGCAGAGAGGGAGGUGACAAAGAUGGUGGUGGUGAUGGUUUUCGGCUUCUUGUUAUGCUGGGCACCAUAUGCUAGCUUUUCUCUCUGGAUAGUUUUCCACCGUGGUGAAGCUUUUGAUCUGAGAAUGGCUACCAUACCAUCCUGCCUUUCUAAAUCCUCUACAGUGUACAAUCCUGUCAUCUAUGUCUUAAUGAACAAACAGUUCCGGUCCUGCAUGAUGAAGAUGGUCUGUGGCAAAAAUAUUGAGGAAGAUGAGGCUUCUUCUUCAUCUCAGGUCACCCAGGUCUCCUCUGUUGCACCAGAGAAAUAAACCCACUCUUAAUGUAACCUCCUCCUGUGGACAGAACGACUUUGGAAUGUGAAAAACAGUGUUACAAUGAUUGUAAAUAAUAAACAUAGACACAAUAGGGAUUUUUGAUUUUAAUGUCAAAAUUUUUUUUUUGUAACUUGGCUUACUGAAGUGGUAGAAUGAGUAGAAAAUCAUUAAUAUCAAUACAAAUGUACAAUACAUUUAAAGAAAUAAAGAAUGUGUUGUUAAA